AUGGUACCAGUUGCUAUCGAAGGUUGUAACCAGGGCGCCGAAGGUGGAGGUGCCCGUGGCGGUUCUAUUUCAUUAGCUUUGUUGAUAGACUUCAUUGUACAAAGAACUUACGAUGAACUUACAGUUCUGGCUGAAUUAUUGCCUCGGAAAACUGACAUGGAAAGGAAAAUUGAAAUUUAUAAAUUUAGUGCAAGGACAAGACAGCUUUUUGUACGUCUGCUGGCCCUCGUAAAAUGGGCAAGUAGUGCUACCAAAGUAGACCGAUCUGCACAUAUAAUGGCGUUUUUGGAUAAACAAGCUCUUCUCUUUGUAGAAACAGCUGAUGUAUUAGCACGUGUGGCACGUGAAACAUUAGUACAUGCUAGGCUCCCCACAUUUCACAUGGCAGCUGCAGUGGAAGUUCUAACAUUAGGAACAUAUAGUCGAUUACCAGCUGUGAUUCGCGAACGACUAGUGCCACCGCCAUCUCUAACUCCCGCCGAGAGACGGUCGACAUUGCGCGCCCUAGCUCAUGUUGUGCGCCAACGGUUAACCACAGCUUCAUUGCCAACUGAUGUUAGAAAUUUAAAGGUCGAAAAUGGUAGAGCAACUUUCACGGUUGGUCAGGAGUUCAGUGUGUCACUGACCGUGAUGGGUGAUACUCCGAAUUUGCCUUGGCGCUUACUGGAUAUUGCUAUUUUAAUUCAAGACUAUGAGACAGGAGAGGGUAAACCAUUGGUUCAUACUUCACAAUUAGCCUGGCUGCGUGGAGUAGCACAGGCACGCUUGGCUGCGGCUGGCCUGAGUGGUGCGCUUGCUGCAUUGCGGUACUUCUGUCGAUCUCUAUCGCUAGAGCUGUUGUAUACACAAACAUUAAAGCUCUGUCGGGACCGUCUGUCGAAACAUUUGCAAGUUGACAAAUACAUACCCGGCCAAAAGCUACAGGUGUCUUAUUGGAGGGAGCUGGGGUGCGAGCUGGGAUACCGCCUGAUCGUGGGCGCGGAAGGCGAGUCGCUUUGCGUGUGGCACGUGCCAGCGCUGGCUGGCGGUGAGCGUGUCGCGGCCGCGCUCACACCGCACGCGCCCUCUAUGGAGCGCCUGCUCGCGCACACUGUCCACGUGCGCUCGCGCCAACGCCUCAAUGAUCUCAAAGUGCUGCUCAACGACUUGGGCGUGGAAUGCAGCGUGAGCGGUUGGCCGUGCGUGCUGGCGUGCUCGGUGGUGUGGCCGUGCCUGCGCGCCGAGCAGCUGCUGGUGUCGGUGGGCGCGCACGGCGGGCGGCUCCGCGCGCGCGUGCCCGCCUACCCCGCCACGCCGCGCAUGCCCGAGCUGGCCGCCGCGCUCGCCGCUGCCGAUCUGCCGCGGGUCAGGGCGCUGCUCACGCACCUCAGGUUUUGGCUAAUAGCGCGUCGAUGCGAGAAAACUCUCCAACACUUACCAGCCAGCAUUUGUGAACAUCUACCAUUCCUUCAUGGACCAGAUCAUCCACUAAACAAGCUCUCUCCUGAUCGACUCUAUGUCACUUUGCAUCGACACACUGAUCACAUAUUGAUCGUAGAAAUGAAAGAAGUGGCAGCGGGAAGCACAGCAACAACCAGUAACUGCACAAACAGUGGCAGCGCUUGCUCAGUGGCGCUGGCCUUCCACCUGGCGGGGGCGCGACGCUGUACACCUGAUGAGUGUGAAGACGAGAGUGGAUCGACAUCUAGCGCUUCUGCAUCGCCUGCCUCACGCGCCUUCCUUAAAUUACAUUCGCUUGUUGAACUUGACACAUUUACUCUCACUCAUGGACCUUUUACUCCACUUGAUACGCCUGGCAUGCAGGCGGGCAAGCGCAAGCUGGCGGCGAACAGCAGCCGCGCAGUGCGCAUGCGCCAGCCCGCGUACUUCCUGCCCGAGCUGGCGCACGUCGUCGCUGCCGCCGACGAGCGCGUGCCCUUCGUCAACCUCGCGCAAGAACUGGCGGCGCGCGGCGUGACGCACGGCGGCGUGCAGCCGGAGUGGAGCGGGUCGGCGCUGGCCAUGCGCGUGGUGGCGCUGCCGCGGCCCGCCGCCGCCGCCGAGCGUGCAGCCGCCGCGCUGCGCGCGCGCUUGCUGGCCGCCACCAUCCGCCUCACCACCAAAAACCAGGCGCGCGUCUGGACCGCCGAGAUCGUCUUCCACGGCUCGCCCGUCGCCACGCCCAACCCCAAGGAGCAAGGCGAGAAGCGUUGUGUGUACCUGCAGUACGAGCUGGGUACGGACGCGGGACGCACUGCGGACGCGUUCCUCGCCGAUUGGGCUGCUAUUGUGCAUCUCCAUACGCUGUUGUACGACUUCAUGCUGAGACCUAGUCAAGAGCGGGAGACGCUGUGGCAGGGUGUGUGCAUCCGGUCGUACACGUACCGAUCGCUGGUGCUGGGGUUCGGCGCGGCGCAGCGCGCCACCGCCGUGCUGCAGUGGUCGGCGGCGGCGCAGCGCUACACGGUCGCCACGCCCGCGCACCCGCCCGCCGCCAACGCGCCCCCCCUGCUGCACCACCACCUGCACCACUACAUCAACUGGCACAAAGACUUAAUGUCCUUCGGCGUGGUGUUGCGUGAAACAUACGCUCCGCUGUUAGCGUUGAGUCGACUGCCGACACUUCCUCAGUUGGGCCUGCACCACGUGCGUACACAGAUGCCCACGCCUACGUUCACAUUGCUUGCGCACUCAUGGAGAAAGAUACGUAUCAUUUACGCGGGUGCAUAUUCCCUAGAAGUUGGUAUUCGAGGAGGCAAUAUGGUAACAAUCCGCGAUGGCUCUUACUCAAAGUUCGAUCGAAGCACUGUCGUCGAUGAGUUUGCGCCUGCUCUGGGAUUGAAGGCAUUUUUAUCAAGAUAUGUUGAAGACAAUAUAAGUGCUAGACUAUUAGCGGAAGAAGAAAACCCACCCUCGCCAAUGUCUCCAAUGCCGUCAGGCGGGCUGCGCUUCCCGGCGCCGCUCACGCCGCCGCAGCCGCACACGCCGCACUCCGCGCCCGUCACGCCGCACCCCGCCUCGCCCGCACAGCACCAGAUGGGCGGGGGGUCGUUCAACCUGACGUCGCCGCCGGGCGGCGGUGCGGGCGCGUCGGGUGCGGGCGUGUCCGCGUCGCCCGCGUCGCCGCUGGCGCCGUCGCCCCUGGCGCCGGCCGCCGCCCCGCCCCCGCCCCCCCCCUCGCCCUUCACCGCCUGGCCCGCCUCGCCCUCGCUGCCGCGCCCCUCGCCCGGACACCACCCCUCGCCGCGGCACCACAUGGAUCAUAAAGGUCCGCAGGCGAGCUCGACGACGGCGGCUGGGGGACGCGGCGGACGGGGUGCGGGCGGCGCGGCGGCCCCGCUGUGCGUGGGCAAGCUGGAGCUGCUGUGCACGGCCAGCGAGCCGCCGCCCGGCGCGCCGCCCGGCCCCGCCCUCGCGCCGCUGCAGCGCUUCCUCGCCUGCGUCUACAUGAAGCGCACGCUGCAGCGCUACGUGCAGCAGGAGGACUUCCUGACAACGGUGUCUGUGGAGGCGACCAGUCUAACGUUCCGGUGUGAGAACGCCGGGCUGGCGGCGCGCGUGGCGCUGCACCCGCAGCACAUGCAGUCGCUGCACCUGCAGCUCACGCCGCUGCCCGACCACAAGGACAUGUGGUCAGCCGACGACCUGCAGGUGAUGGAGAAGUUCUUCGAGCAGCGCGUGGCGGUGGCGCCGUUCCGUGCGACGGCGCUGCACGGAUGGGCGCGUGCGUGGGGCGCGCCGGGUGCCGCACUGCCGUCGCUGGUGGCGCUGAUGCGCGCCGACCUGGCGCCCGUCGCGCCCGCGCUGUGGCAGCUGCAGUGGGCGCUUCGCAUCCCGCCCGCCGCGCCGCAGAUCGUGCCCGCCGGACACCCCGCCGUGCUGCUCGCCAAGCACAAGAUACUCUUCUUUAUUUGCUUAACGCGCGGAGACACGCAGCUCGUGCUGCCGCUGGUGUACGACGUGCAGAACAACAGCACGCAGCUGGCCGACAAGCGGGAUGCGCAGCCGCAUCUCGUCGCCGUCAACCUGCAUCUCAAGCGGUUCGGCGAGUUCAACCAGCCGCACUCGGAGUGCACGCUGUGGCCGGCGGUGCGCGACCUGCUCACCAACUUCACGCUGCCGCAGGACGCGCCGCCGCCCGCCGCGCCGCCGCCGCCAUAG